GCCAUGUUCGGCAGGAGGCAGAAAGAAACUCCAUCUAUUCCAUGCUGCAGGUGUUGCUGCCUGGAGUUGUUGAUAUAGUCUGCAGUAUCCUGGCAUCUAUCUGCUUUGCUUGUUUCUUCCAUUUCCUCUUGCAAUGUGCGUUUUUCUGCUUACCUUUUACAUUUUCGCUCAGUGCCCCACCGACUGAGGUGUUGGAUUCUGCAGUCUGCUUGCAGAGAGAGAGAGCAUUUUAAAGAAACACCCCACCACCUUCUCCCGGUACUUUUUUCUACUCCUCAUUGGCGUUUAUAUCGGGGAAGUUGGAUUAUAUUCGUGAAACAAAGUAGUUUUCGUAUGUUUGUAUGAGUGUGGUCCAAUUAUAAUUAGGGUGGUUUAUAGGUUAGUCCAGUAGUUGUAGGAAUGAAUGGAUGACCAACGUUUGGAGGAGGGCGACAAUAUCCAUUAACUCUUCUUGGUGGGUGCAAAGAGAGAGAGAGAGGGAGAGAGAGCGAGACCAGCCAGUCGCUAGAGAAGAAUGGAGAAUGCUCCACGAACACUAUCUAUCGCUUGAGGGAAUCGAGGAAGAAAGGAUGAGAUAAACACAAUUCUUCUUCACGUUGCGACUUUUGCUGUCGAACUUGAUAGCCGGGGUUUUACGCAUCUCAGUGAAAACAAUUCGAAGUAUGCGUUUAGGAGGAUGGAUACCCACGCGUCAUUAGGAUUUUUGUUUCCAGAUAAAGGGAUUGAAGAAAAAUAACCAAAGCUGCUUUUUCUCCCUAUAUCUGUUUCAUCGUUAGAUUGUAAAGGUGGAGCAAUCAGAGAAGGCCGAUGACGGACCUAUUAAUCUGGUCAGUGCAUCAGAACCACCAAAAGGUUCUGGAAACGUGUGGAUGGAAAUCGGGCGAAUGUUUAGACUUGCUUUUGGUUUUAUAUGAAACUGGUGACUAGUAGUUGCGAUUUGUCUCUCUGGAAUUUUCAUCUUCUCAUUCAAGAAAUUAUAGUCUAACUGAGGUGAAGAUAUUUGUCGGUUUAUCAAUUGUAUUUUAAUUUUAUUUUUGGUAUUUCGGUACGCUGUCCAUUUCGCAAUUCCCUUAAAUCUCAAUCGUUUCCCCUUGAAGUAUUCCUUAAUCUAAAUGGAAUUAGUUGAGCGUGAAGCCCCUUGUGAAAGGUACAGACAUGGUACAUGGGCACAGCCUCCUUCACGUUGUUGCAAGUCUACUCAUACUUGGGUUGUCUGGGGCAACGAAGAAGGAAGCAGUGAAAAACAAUUCAGGAGUGAAGCCUGCAGGACAAUGUGGCACCUGGGUGAAAGAAGGAGACGGGGGACUGUUCACUUCUCCCAACUACCCCAGCAAAUACCCCCCAGAAGUAGAGUGUGUUUACAUUAUUGAAGCUCCUCCGAGGCUGUGUAUCGAUCUUUUCUUUGAUGAGAGGUAUUCUAUAGAGCCUUCAUGGGAAUGUAAAUUUGACAACAUCGAGGUGCGAGACGGCCCCUUUGGCUUCUCCCCAAUAAUCGGGCGCUACUGUGGCCAGACCAUCCCUCCCUUCAUCAGGAGCAGUGGACGGUACCUCUGGAUAAAAUUUGUUUCUGAUGCCGAACUGGAGGCAAUUGGAUUUUCAGCCAACUACAACUUCACUGCAGAUCCGGACUUUGGAGACUUGGGAGUGCCCCAGCCUCUGCCCUUCUGUGAGUUUGACAUGGGAGGACCAGAGGGGAUAGUGGAGUCUCAUCAGAUCACCAGAGAUGGAAAGGCUUUACCUACAGAGGCUGUGGACUGCAAAUGGUUCAUCCGCGCUCCGCCACGCUCCAAGAUCUACCUGCGUUUCCUGGACUAUGAGAUGCAGAACAGUAAUGAGUGUAAGCGUAACUUUGUGGCAGUGUACGACGGCAGUGCGUCCGUAGAGGACCUGAAGAACAAGUUCUGCUCUACGGUGGCCAACGACGUGAUGCUGGUGUCCACCACGGGGGUGAUCAGGAUGUGGGCCGACCAGGGCAGCCGCCGGAGCCGCUUCAGGAUACUCUUCACCACCUUCCAAGAACCUCCAUGCGAGGCGGAUGCCUUCUUCUGUCACAGUAACAUGUGCAUCAACAACACCCUGGUGUGUAACGGCAUUCAGAACUGUGUCUAUCCCUGGGAUGAGAAUCACUGUAAAGAUACUUCAGACAGAUUCAUCAUUCUUCUGCAUCUUGCCAAGUUUGACAUGGAACUAACAUUAAUCUCCCUCGUGCAUCUUGAGAGAACUGUUGCACUUGAAUUGAGCGGCAAAACCAAUUUAGAGUGUUGUGAUAAGGAGAAACAGAAGCUUGUUUGUGUAUGCGUUGGUUUAUUUUGUUUGGAGGUGAGAUGCCCUGUUUGUGUUUCUCAAGUGGCUGAGAUUGUAAAGCCAACGGACACAUAUCCUGAUACUCAGAUACUGGACCGAAACUUUAAAAGAAGAAUAAAUACCUUUAAUGUACAUUGUUUAUGGACUGAAAAACUGAACCUGUUCUUUGAAACUUGAUUAAUGAUUUUUUUAUUUAUCAAACGUAAGGAUGUCAUUUUGGUGCUGAAAUACCAUCUGGAAAUCCACAGUAUGUAUCGCUGUUAUGUUUCCCUCCCUCUAUUAUGGCUCGAGUUCUUUCCCCGGAUGAAGUGUCACACCCAAGAGAAUGUUGUGAUGUCAUGAAGGGCAUUAACCUUAGUGUUAAUCCACUAGACAUGAAAGAUCUCUUUGGUGAUUUCUGAGGACUGAAAUGGGACAUUGGGAUGUAAUAUGUAGUUUCUAUGACAAGUCACAGACCUCUUCAGAGAGUAGCCUAAUGAAAUUGUUUUUCCAGAGAUCCUAAUUUUGAGAAUUUCCAAUCAGAUUUCCAACUAGGAUCUCAAACAUUGGGAAUGGUUGUACUAGUGGCUUGUUCAUACACACUAAGCUAAAGUAAAAAAAAUGUGUGCUCAAUUACUGAUCAUGAAUUAGGCUACUACCUAAUUCCUUGAUUGCCCCAUAGCCUUUCCUUUACAAUAUUUUAUUUCCUGUCAUUCAAAAUACACCACAUGACCAAAAGUAUGUGGACACUUGCUCGUCGAACAUCUCACUCUAAAAUCAUGGGCAUUAAUAUGGAGCUGGUCCCGCCUUUGUUGCUAUAACAGCCUCCACUCUUCUGGGAAGGCUUUCCACUAGAUGUUGGAACAUUGCUGCGGGGACUUGCCACAAGAGCAUUAGUGAAGUCGGGCACUGAUGUUGGGCGAUUAGGCCUGGCUCGCAGUCUGUGUUCCAAUUCAUUGCAAAGGUGUUCGACGGGGUUGAGGUCACGGCUCUGUGCUGGCCAGGGAAGUUCUUCCACACCGAUCUUGACAAACGAUUUCUGUAUGGACCUCACUUUGCACGGGGGCAUUGUCAUGCUGAAACAGGAAAGGUCCUUCCCCAAACUGUUGCCACAAAGUUGGGAGCACAGAAUCGUCUAGAAUUUAAUUGUAUGCGGUAGCGUUAAGAUUUCCCUUCAUUGGAGCUAAGGGGCCUGGCCUGAACCAUGAAACACAGCCUCAGACCAUUAAUCCUCCUCCACCCAACUUUACAGUUGGCACUAUGCAUUCGGUCAGGUAGCGUUCUCCUGGCAUCUGCCAAACACAGAUUAGUCCAGAUGGUGAAGCAUUUCCACUGCUCCAGAAUCCAAUGGCAGUAAGCUUUACACCACUCCAGUUGACGCUCGGCAUUGCGCAUGGUGAUCUUAGGCUUGUCUGCAGCUGCUCCUCCAUGGAAACCCAUUUCAUGAAGCUCCCGAAGAACAGUUAUUGUGCUGACGUUGCUUCUAGAGGCAGUUUGGAACUCGGUAGUGAGUGUUGCAACCGAGGACAGAUUAUUUUUAUGUGCUAAGCGCUUCAGCACUUGGAGGUCCCGUUCUGUGAGCUUGUGUGGCCUAACACUUCACAACUGAGCCGUUGUUGCUCAUAUCCAUCACUGUGCUCUUCAGUAAGGCCAUUCUACUGCCAACGUUUUCUAUGGAGAUUGCAUGGCUGUGUGCUCGAUUUUAUACACCUGUCAGCAACGGUUGUGACUGAAAUAGCCGAAUCCACUAAUUUGAAGAGGUGUCCACACACUUUUGUGUAUAUCGUGUAUGUGUAUGUUUGAGACCCAUCUGUUUGCUGAGAUCUCUAUACUUUGGUAACACGUUAAAGAAAUGCUGGACAGAAUGUUUUCAAUAAACUGAUACUAAUCUCA